AUGGGGCCGCCAAUAACUCGAUCUCAUCGCUCUUUCCCUUGGUUGUUAUUACUCUUAUGGCUAUCAGCAACAUUCUUAUUCACCAAUGCACAAUCGACUGAAGAGAAUGAGUCAAUGUCCCUGGCUGACCCGGUCUCCACGACACCUCCUACUUCCACCACCCCAGUUAUAAGCUCAACAAGCACGACAACUUCUUCUCCUGCAGCCACCUCCUCUGCAGCUGUCAAUAACACCAAUCCAAUCACCGUUGUACUCGCCAAUUGUUCAUUCGACCAUGGUCAUUGCAGCAAGGUUCAAAGAGCUGCCGAGACAGCGGCUGCUGAGCUUACUCAAGUUGUGAAUAUCAAAGUGGGCAUCACUGUCAAAUUGGAUUACUUUAGCUUUUGUGAUCGAUCAUGUGCUAACGAUACCUAUGGAUUUGGUGUACCUGGUUCACAAUUUGCUUUGAAUGCCAAGAGUAGCGGUGUUGAUCGUAAUUACAUUUACCCACAAACGUUGGCACGGCAACUCGUUCAGUUCAUCAAGAUUUCAACUUGGGCAGACUAUGACGUACGAAUAGCCAUCAACCAUGACGUUUACAUGAAUGCUGUCGACUAUGAAGCUGCAAAGUCAUCAGGAUGGAAUGGCACUGGGGUACCUCCUGGAGGCAAAUAUUGGUUUCAGGGAGAUGGCGAUAUUGGUGACAAUCAAGUGGACAUGGUGUACAUCAUCUUGCAUGAAUUGAUUCAUGGUAUCGGGUUUAUCAGCUCUUGGGCCGCCUAUUUCUACAUUCCCCAAUCACCUUACUACAAGCUGGUGGAAGGCAUCUUUGAGGAAGAAGAGCUACGUCUAGUGACUCCCGAGCCAACAUUGUAUAUCCCAGGAGAAGCUGGACAAGCUUACAUUACAGGAUUUGAAUCGACCAUGAUAUUCGACAAGUUCCUCAACGUGACCUAUGAGAGCCUGAAUGAGACCGAUUUCAUAUCAUUACAAAACUUCACCAUGACGCUACAGAAUUUUUGCCUGCAACGACAAGACGCAUUUGUCAUCAACUUUUUACACAGCUUUUUGAACGAGGCCAGUGAAUCAAGAACAUCAGCACAACUCUUCAAAGCCAUGUCAACGCCAGGCACUGUCACCUUUAACUUUCGACCAACAUCUACCAACGACAGUGUAUAUAUGACGGAUGCCUAUUUGAAUACGACAUACAGCUCGAAUUUGACCUUGUUGACUGGAGACAACCUUGUGCAUCCAACAUUGAAUGAAUACACUGGGCCAAGCAAUCCACCAGGGCUCGCCAUAUCACAUUUGACAGAUGAUUAUACAUCAUCGUUGGAUUUCAUCAUGACCGGUAUAUUUCCCACAGGAUCAACAUUGACAGAGCUAGUGGAUGAAGCGUACAAGGAUGUUUCGAAUAUCACAUACCAUGAUCUAUUACCGAAUGGCACCAUGGUUCCCAAAGUCUAUCGAUCGCCUAUUGGUCCAGGAAUAUUACGCGUAUUGGAUGCAAUGGGAUUUUCGACGGCAUUAGCUAGAACGGAUCCCGACCGUGAGACCAUUGACGACGACAAUGACAGCCAACAGAGCUGUGAUUGGAAAUGGUUAUACCCCAAACCUCCUCAAUCAACAUCCUCGGCAUCGUUACCGCGACCUCUUGUUCUUCCCGCCUCUUUCUCCACCGCUCCCGCCAUUUGCUAUCAUCUUGUCCUAUUACUCCUUGUCAUUUGUAUCAUAUAG